AUGAUCUAUGGAGAUGGAGGAGCCUCGCAUCAGCGCAGUCAGGUCAUGGCCCAUCCCCAACUCCGUGAAACCAGUCCAGCGAUUUCUGGACCCCUCACUUCCCUUCAUCGGCGAGGUGGAUGCCUCCGAAGUAGGAGUCGGGGCAGUGCUGUCCCAGCGCACCGGAACCCCCCAAAACUGCGGCCCUGCGCCUUCUACUCCAAGCAGCUGAGCCCCGCCCAAAGGAACUACUACAUAGGGGACCGUGAACUCUUUUUGGUCAAGAAGGCUCAGAAGGUGUGGAGGCACUGGCUGGAGUUGUCCAAACACCCUUUCCCGGUGUGGAGGCACUGGCUGGAGUUGUCCAAACACCCUUUCCUGGUGUGGAGGCACUGGCUGGAGUUGUCCAAACACCCUUUCCUGGUGGGGAGGCACUGGCUGGAGUUGUCCAAACACCCUUUCCCGGUGGGGAGGCACUGGCUGGAGUUGUCCAAACACCCUUUCCAGGUGUGGAGGCACUGGCUGGAGUUGUCCAAACACCCUUUCCCGGUGUGGAGGCACUGGCUGGAGUUGUCCAAACACCCUUUCCUGGUGUGGAGAUCGUCACGGGGUCUACCAGAGGAUCUGGGUUCAGAUGGUCAAGGGGCCUACCAGAGGAUCUGGGUUCAGAUGGUCAAGGGGCCUACCAGAGGAUCUGGGUUCAGAUGGUCACUGGGCCUACCAGAGGAUCUGGGUUCAGAUGGUCAAGGGGCCUACCAGAGGAUCUGGGUUCAGAUGGUCAAGGGGCCUACCAGAGGAUCUGGGUUCAGAUGGUCAAGGGGCCUACCAGAGGAUCUGGGUUCAGAUGACGUCUUGAGUGCAAGUGAGUUUGAAGGAGAGCAAAUCGACCCAGCAGUAGCUUUGGAGACGGAGUCAGAUUUUUACAAGGGAACCCCACCCAAAUGGAUGACCUUUUACCUGGCUGAUGAGAGGGAAAACUCUGAUGGCAGUGCCACAUCUAGAGGAGAAGAAAAGGACAUUGAAUUUAUCAGAAGAGAUGGUUACGAAAAGCUGAGGGAACUCAUCAAGUUACAGAGACAGGGCAGUUGGAGUGUAAACAGUAUUAAGCUGUUGCACCAGCCAGGCAGUGGAGGAACCACCCUGGCCAUGCAAAUACUCUGGGACCUGAGGAAAGAGCUCAGGUGUGCUGUUCUGGUCGACCCGUCUUCUGACAAGAAAGAUAUGGGCAAACAAGUCCAGAAAGACCCCCUGUCGGACACCAGGACUAUUGCUAAACAGGUGGUCGAACUUUUUGCAACCGGUGAUCCAGAAAACCAGAAUACAGUGCUUCUGUUGCAAGACAAUGAACACCUGAGGGACCACUUACAGGACUUUCUCAUCAGAGAAAUAACAGAGCAAAAAAUCAGUGCUAAAUUCCCUGUGGUCAUCAUUCUACAAUGCAUACGCUCGACCUGUAUCAUAGACGAUGAGGAGGAUGAGAGUAGAACUGAGGCAGAUUUACUCCUGAAAUCACGUCUUUCUGACAAAGAGAAAACAAGCUUUGUUAGCAAAGAAAAACUAAUACAGAGGCAUCACAGAGACGAGAUGGGGAAGUUUCACGGCUUUAACGUAAUGCAAAAUAAUUUCAAUGAAGAAUACGUGGCAAAAACAUUUUGUUCAGAAAAGGGAAAAGAAAUCACCAAAUAUCUUCAGCAAAACAAAGUCUCCCGCAACACCAAACUCUUUGCCUUUUUAGCUCUGGUGAACUCCUAUGUUCCUGGCUCCUACCUCUUACAGUCACAGUGUGAGGCAUUCCUCAGCCAUCAAGACCCCUUCGGUGUGAACCUGUCAUUUGAGAAACGCAUGCAACCUUUCAGUGAUCUCAUAGUCACAUUCUCAAGACAUGGAGGAGAAGACAAGAGAGUCCGCAUAGCACACCCAGUACUUGCACAUCAAUGUGUUCAGUUGCUGGCAGAUGCUGGUAUAGCUAGGAGCUCUGCAACACUGGACUUCCUGCAGUACUUAACCAGACAACAAAUCCAGCCAUCCUUGUUACUGUUCUUCAAAGACAUGUUAACAAAGAGAGAAACAACCUCAAAUGGCCAAGAGAUCUUUUCCAGGUUAAUUCUAGAUAUUGAGAAACAUGAAGGCAUUCCUGAAUGUGCAAAUGUGUUGAAAACCGCGUCAGAAACAUUUAAGCAUGACCCGUUCUACCCUCAAUCUCUUGCACGUUUUUACUACAUCAAAAUGUCUGAUUUUACAAGAGCUGAGAUUUGGGCUGAAAAAGCUAAAGAGAGAGUUCCCACCAACUCAUUCAUUGCUGAUACACUGGGACAAGUUCAUAAGAACCAUUUGUAUAAACAAGUCAAUGGAAAAUCAGGUGGAUCAGGGACCAGAGACAUUUUGUUUUGGGCAGAGAAAGCCAUCAAGGCUUUCAAACAAGAGGAGGAGUUAGCUGAAAAGGAAUCAGUGAAUCACAUGGAGGGUGACAGUCCAACAAAAAUGUAUCACACCUUCAACAACAGGGGAAUCUUUGGUUAUCUACAGGUUGCUAACAUUGUUUAUAAUUCCCUCACAAAUCUCAACCCAAAAUGGAGAAAAAUCCUUACCCAGGAAAUAUCAGCUGAACAUCUCUCGAUGUUUGAGGACAGAAAGCUCAUGAAGUACCAGACUUUCAUCACCAGCCUCAGAGUUUCGGUUGAAAGGAAAUUUUAUAGUUUUUUUGAGAGUUACCUCACUUACUCUGAGCCCAGGAACUGGAAGGAUCAGACACCAUACUUUCAGCGAGACAUUGUUGAUUGUUUUUGCAAGUAUACAAGUGCCCCCAGUCCAAAAGAGGACCUACCAUUAAAGACACUCAAAGAAAAAAUGGCCUCUACCUUUCCUGGCCUCUCCUCUCUCAAUCGAAAUGCGAACUUGAGUAAAAUCACAGAGCUGUGGAAAAUAAUCAAUAAAGAAAACCCUGACGAUGUUAACACUGCCUGUAAUUACAUCCUGGCCAACAUCCUCCAGACCAAUGGCCCAGUCGCAUCUCCAGAACCCGCAACUCUACCACAACUUAGAGACAUUCUUCAGAAGUUCAUGGAGGAAGAAAAUACCAAACUUUGGACUCCAGAGUUUUACCUCCUUGUCCUCCUGCUGUUUUGGCCCGAGGAGGCAAGAGAGGGCGAUGUCACCAAUGACAUUGAUCUUAACAAGUAUGUUGAGUGCAUGAAACAGGCCUUUGACAACAAAUACAAGAAGUACCUACAAUCUAGGGAACUUGUGCCCUUGUUUUACCUGGGAAAAGGUGCUGGGUUGAAAAGACUUGUUCACAAAUCAAGCAUAGACGACAUCUGUGCGCAUCUGAAAAAAAGGAAAUCAAGGACUCUCAAUAAAACAAGAGGCAGUGCAGAGAUCAGGGACACUUGCAUUCAGGAUCACCUUCUUCGUGUCAAUGGAGUGGUCAGAGUGCAUAAAGCAUUUGCCCGUAUGGCAGAUAAAGAGAUUGAGAUUUGUCCCCAGAAACAGGCCAGUGUGUGGAAGGAUGGUAACAUCUCAUUUUACCUUGGCUUCAAUAUCAGUGGCCCUGUGGCUUUUGACAUAAAGUACACAAUGCGUACAGUGGGAUCUGGAGCAAACGUUAAGAAACAAAAGGAUGAUGCCAUUGGAUCAGAGGGAACCAGAAUGCAAGAAUCAAAAACAUUCAAUCGAGGGAUUCCGAUGGGCUUUAAGACUUCUAGCCACAUUCAUACCCCAACUCUUUUGACAGAACCUGAAUUGAAAAACAUCCAUCCACAAUUGACAAAAACCCAUUACAGGCUCCAGUGCCCCCAUGCAGGCCUGUUCCAGUGCAGGUUGACAGGGCUGGUGUUUCUGAUGGAGGGGGAGGGGGAGGUGCUUUACAGGACUGUCCAAUGGGACGACAGUCUCCUGCACUCCACAGGCCGGACACCUGCCGGACCUCUGUUCAGCAUUGAGUGUCCUCAGGGAUCUGUUCGUCAGUUACACCUCCCACACUGUGAGAUUCCCUCUGGUGAGUUUUACACGACGUCUUCAUCAAAGUUCUAA